UAAUGGACUUGCAGCUGUUCUCUGACAAACAAUAACAAGAGCGAACGGCGUCGGCUUCCGUGUCUGUAACCGAGCUGAUAUCGAGCCUGUGAGGCGUCUCGACUCUGACAUCGCCGGCGAGGAAACUCUGGCCUCCGCUGCCUCCUCCUCCGACUCGGAAACCGGCGGAGCUUCGCCGCCCCCGCGGAAGAAAAGCCGAGGCUCGGCGGCGGAGGGAGCAGGAGAGAGCGGGGCGUCUGCUGCCGGGAUCACGGGCCUCUCUGCGGCUUCUCUCUCAACCCCCCACCAGCGCUCGGACAUUCGUCUCAACCACAGCCUGCGGUCGCGCAGAUCCACCGCUGUAACCGCGCUUUAUAAGAUGCAGGCCAACGGGACCGGAGCACAGGAGCCGGAGCCGGAGUCCUGCAGGAACGGAGAGUCCUCGUCCUCCGCCGCGGGAGCGGUGCACUCCAACGGGCUGCUGUCCUCCGCGAAUAACGGGCUGCCGUCCACCGAGAGCCCUGCGUCUGACAGCAGCACGAAGAAGAAGAAACGACUGUCCCAGAGCGACGAGGACGUGAUCCGGCUCAUCGGACAACAUCUCCACGGGCUGGGACUCGAUCAAACGGUGGACCUGUUGAUGCAGGAAUCGGGCUGUAGACUUGAGCAUCCUGCUGCUACCAAGUUCAGGAAUCAUGUGAUGGAGGGAGAAUGGGAGAAGGCUGAGAGCGACCUGAACGAGCUGAAAGCACUGAUGCACUCCCCCAGCGCUGUGGUGCGGAUGAAGUUCCUGCUCCUGCAGCAGAAGUAUCUGGAGUAUCUGGAGGACGGGAAGGUGCUGGAAGCGCUGCAGGUGCUCCGAGCCGAACUCACGCCCCUGAAGUACAACACUGAACGCAUCCACGUCCUCAGCGGGUAUCUGAUGUGCAGUCACCCUGAUGACCUGCGAGCUAAAGCUGAGUGGGAAGGGAAGGGGACGGCCUCGCGAGCCAAACUCCUCGACAAGCUGCAGACGUAUCUGCCCCCGUCUGUGAUGCUGCCGCCCCGUCGUCUGCAGACGCUCCUGAGGCAGGCCGUGGAGCUGCAGAGGGACCGCUGUCUCUACCACAACACCAAACUGGACAGCGGACUGGACAAUGUGUCUCUGCUCAUAGACCACGUGUGCAGCAGGAAGCAGUUCCCCUGCUACACCCAGCAGAUCUUGACCGAGCACUGCAAUGAAGUCUGGUUCUGCAAAUUCUCCAACGACGGCACCAAACUGGCCUCGGGGUCCAAAGACACGACCGUCAUCAUCUGGCAGGUCGACCCUGACUCUCUCCAGCUCAAGCAGCUCAAGACGUUGGAGGGUCAUGCCUAUGGGGUUUCCUAUCUGGCCUGGAGCCCCGACGACUCGUAUCUGAUAGCGUGCGGCCCGGACGACUGCUCCGAGCUCUGGCUGUGGAGCGUGCAGACAGGGGAACUGAGAACCAAAAUGAGCCAGUCCCAUGAGGACAGCCUGACCAGCGUGGCCUGGAAUCCAGACGGCAAGCGUUUCGUUACCGGAGGUCAGAGAGGCCAGUUCUACCAGUGUGAUCUGGACGGAAACCUGCUGGACUCCUGGGAGGGCGUCCGUGUUCAGUGUCUGUGGUGUGUGAGUGACGGCAGGACAGUGCUGGCCUCUGACACACACCAGCGCAUCCGUGGAUAUAACUUUGAAGAUCUGACCGACAGAAACAUAGUUCAAGAGGACCAUCCAAUCAUGUCCUUCACUGUGUCAAAGAACGGAAGAUUAGCUCUGCUAAAUGUCGCUACUCAGGGAGUUCAUCUGUGGGACCUGCAGGACCGGGUGUUAGUCAGGAAGUACCAGGGUGUGACUCAGGGCUUCUACACCAUACACUCCUGCUUUGGCGGCUACAACGAAGACUUUAUCGCCAGUGGCAGUGAAGAUCACAAAGUGUACAUCUGGCACAAGCGCAGCGAGCUGCCCAUAGCGGAGCUGACGGGUCACACGCGCACGGUCAACUGUGUGAGCUGGAACCCUGUGCUGCCGGGCCUGAUGGCCAGCGCCUCGGACGAUGGCACCCUGAGGGUCUGGGGUCCCGCACCCUUUCUGGACUCGCAGGAGACCGAGGGGCUCACCGAGAACUAUAGCAUGGACAGUUGAUGUUGACUCUGGAGCAGAUGUCCACUUUGGAGAAUAUACAGUGAGACACACUAAAGACACUAAAGUGAAUGAAGAACGAGAAAUUAUGUAAAUCUAACGGCAGAUGGAUGUUUUCUCCUGGCGGUUUCACAUCCCCACCCGCAGCGCAGUGGACACACGGAGCCGGCGGCUGCCCUUCAUCAUCUGACUUCACAUACGUGUGACGGCACCAAACGCACACGCUACACGCCUCGCCGAGGACACGCCCCCUCGGCUCAAGCUCCUCCCCCUCCCCUACACUGCAUCCUGAGUGGACGACUGUCUCCUGAAGCCACACCCCCUCCCCCCCACACACGGACAAACAUUACUCAGAUCAUUAUUUAUUACGGCUUUAAUUUAUUAUUGUGAAUGAAUCAAGGCCUCAGGCUUGCUUUGUGUUCUGUACAAUAUUGACUCAGCGAGGGGACAAAAAAAUAUCUCGCACGUGUCGGAGAGAGAACAAAUCAUAUCUUUAUUUUCCAGCAUGAACGUCUUUUAUCCACCUUGUAUGCUUGAAAGUAAGUGUCUUCACCAGCAGAGAUAUAAGAUAUCAGUUUCCCUCACAACUAUUUUAAAUGACUGAAUUUACAGGCAUUUUUUAACAGAUUGGUAUUUGUUUCGAUUCAGAAAGUCCAAUCAUGACUCCACUAUUUUUCACCGCUUAUGGAACUUUAUGCUGAGAGCGGGAAAUGAUGGAUGAUUAUUCGUUAUGUUACAUUUCUGAAGAAAGAUGCAGGACAGGACAAAACCGGUAGUGUUUUGGUAACAGGGUCGAAGACCAACUAAGCUAUGCUUGCUAAGAUUCACAGCAUGCUAAUGACCCACGAAUGAGCCACCGUCACGUUCCACGUGUAAAUACAGGCCUUCAUUAGGUGUUUGUGAUGGGCUUGAGGUCAUUUUUACACUCAAUGUUCAAGCUCUCGUGUGAGGCGAGUGGUUUUGUCACGGUAAGUACGUCAGAACAGACUCCCAGAUGUUUCAGUUCAGUGUCCAUCAUAUUCGUCCGUUUGUUUCUCCUCUUUCUUGUUUUCUCUCGUAUUAUCACAUCUUUUUAUGUCUUUUUUUUUUGUUUUGUUUUUUUAAUGCUUCUCUGAAAUGUAAAUGAUUACUUAUUGGCUUUUAUUUUGGGUUGAUUUAUUUGUUUCGCUUUAUUGCUUUAUUUCCCUUUUAUUAUCAUAUAACAGAUGUCUAGGCAAGUGGCCUCUUAAAUGCUUUUUUUCUAUUGGUGAAUUUCUUAUACUUUCGUACGCAUUAGUACACACAGGUGUACCCGCAAUGAUUUAGGUAUUCAGAGUGAUAUCACUCGCCUUCUAUGAUUUAUUCUGUAAUUAUGUGCUCUUCAUAUACAUAUAUAUGAAGAAUCUAUAGAUAUAUAAAGAUAUAUAUAUAUAGAGAUAUAUAUACAUAUGUGUGUGUAUUUCUUGCCAUAUAUCCUCCCUUGCGAAUGUUAACUAUUUCUCACCUGCAUCAGGUAAACUCCUUGUACAGGUAAUUUGCUCCCUGUUCCGUUAGCGAGGAGUCCCGCGCACAAGCGAAAAGACAAAACAGGUGCAUGCAGAAACACCCUCACACAUAUGCGAGAUCUUACCGAAUCGUGGUGUUGUAUAUUCUGUUAAUGCAACUGAAUUUUCCUUUCCUUCUGAAUAUUUGUGUUUGGUUUCAGUCUUAGUUUGACUUUCUUGUGCUCCGAGGCGGUGUAACAGACGGGUGACAGUACUGCUCUGCUGGAGUUCUGGUUAAUAAGUUUAUUGCAGUCAGGUUCUGAGGAUCUGUUUUGCUUUUCAGUGUGUUAUUAUUCUAAGUGAUUGUACUAUUAUGUAAUGUUCUGUAGGAGAGGUGUUAUGUAUACAUUCAUUCAAUAAAGCAUUCAGGGUUUUAAACUA